AUGGGGCCGACGGCGCGCGCGCGCGCGGCGGCGGCGGCGGCGGCGGCGGCGGCGGCGGCGGUGGCGGCGGCGACGACGUUCGGGACGCCCGCGGCGUUCGCGGAUGACGUCGCGCGCGGUCGAGGGGACGCGCGGACGAAAUCUGUGUCGUCGGCGGUGGAACUGGUGAGCGAGAUCGCGGCCGAAGCGGCGGAGGCGGAGGCGGAAUCGGAGGGCGCGACGGACGCGACCAUCUUGGACGAAGCGUGGGGGUUGGUUUUCGACAACUUUUUACCGGCGAGAAAAUCUGAGUCGGACGGAUUCGAUCGCGCGGCGUGGGAGGCGAUCAAGGCCGAACACGAGGCGAAUCCGCCUCAAAGUCGCGAGGAGGCGUACGAGAUGAUUAAGUCGAUGCUGGGGACGCUCGGGGAUAAGUUUACGCGCUUCAUCGAGCCGGAUCGGUUCACUUCGAUGUUGAAAUACGACAUCACCGGCGUCGGUUUGAACAUCGCGGAAGAUGCGGACGACCCUGAACGCGUGCGCGUGCUGGGAAUGGUGCUCGACUCGAGCGCGAUGAAGGCUGGAGUGGCGCAGGAUGAUGAAAUCGUCGCCGUCAACGGCGAACUCGUGCGCGGCUUGAGCGCGUUUCAGGUGUCUUCGCUCAUUCAAGAGGCUGACGGGAAGAGCGUGGAUCUAACAAUCUCGCGCACAGGCGAAGACGUCCCGCGCGUCGUUUCUCUGACGCGAGACAGUCAAUUCGAAGCGCCGAAAAGUCCAGUGAGCAUGCGUCUGGAGGGCGGACACGUCGGUUACAUUCGGCUUCGCGAGUUCAACUCGCUCGCCGAGCGCGAUAUCGCGAGAGCGAUCACGGAUUUAAGGACGCAAGGAGCAGACGCGUAUAUUCUAGACUUACGCGACAAUCCUGGGGGAUUAGUGCAAGCUGGUGUGGAGAUUGCUCGAUUAUUUUUACCUGCGGAUUCGACCAUCGCGUACACCGAAGGUCGAGUCGUCGCCGGAGGCGCGAUCACGACGUCGAAAAAUGACCCUGUCGUCGCCGCUGACGUUCCGCUGGUUGUUCUUGUCAACGGCAGAAGCGCUUCUGCGAGCGAAAUUUUAACCGGCGCUUUGAAGGACAACUGUCGAGCGACUGUGGUCGGGAGUAAGACGUACGGCAAGGGUUUGAUUCAGAGCGUGUACGAACUCAGUGAUUUGAGUGGGAUGGUACUCACCGUGGGUAAGUACGUCACCCCAGGUCUCGUCGACAUCGAUCAGACAGGGAUUUCGCCAAACUUUAUGAUGUUCCCGGGCUUUGACGCCGCGGCGAGAGAAAUCGACGCGUGCAAAGUGCCACCAAAAUAUUGA